AUGUCCAAUCUUUAUAUUCUCCCAUCCACCCGAUACGAGCCCGGGCAGGCCUCGCAGGAUCAGCAGCUGCCCCAACUCAAUCCGUGGUACCAGCGCAGCAGCGUCAUGACGGACAGCACCGAGUUUGAAGACAUGUACGAGGGUCUAGAGGAAGAAAACAAUCGCCGCCGUAGCCAAAAUAGCACCGCUGCGUCGAGGCCUAAUUCGCUCCAGAGGCAAUCCGCCAUCCGUGUGAGGUCGGGAGGCCUACCUUCUCCCCGCCAGGCCAACCGCCGCUCCCUACCGAAAUUGGCUAUCCCUUCUGGCCGCCAGGCCGAGAUCGAUCGCGCCCCCUCGCUGGACGGAAGCUUGACAUCCGAGCAAAUGGCUCAGAUGUCGGCCCCGCCCACUCCCGUCAUGGGGAGCGUUGACGGCGACUGCCACGAUGAGUGGUCCGGCGUCCAGCUCCAGCCCGCCGAGAGCCAAGUUUUUGAGCUCCCCGAGGGUACCCUUCCGGAAAUGCAGAUGCAGCAGCAGGGCUUGCGGCUUCUCGCCAACUUUACCCAUCUUCAACAGGCCGACUCUGGUGACCUUUCCUCCUCUCCGGCCGCGGCGUCCCGCGCGAGCAUGCUGGAGCUGUCCAAGCUUGACAUUCCUUCUCCCGGUGGCUUUUUCGCCGAGCUCUCACCUCGCACGAGGCGCACCUGGGACUCUCUCGCCCCGGAUACCGCGCCUCCCACCUCCACCACCGCAGAGCAGUUUUACAAGUUGCCCUGGAACCGGCCCUCUACCUCCUUGUCCCUAACCUCCAACGGGGCCGAUCUCAUUGAGCAAAUUGUGGAAAUCAGGGACGAUAUCGUGGAUGAGGACGACGUGCCGACCGCGCGUCCCAUCGUGGCACCCACUCCCCAGACGGCGACGUUUGAUUCAACCGGAUCCACCGUCACGGCAGCCCCGGCGAGCGAAGACGACGUGGAGCCGACCGAGAUUGUCAGCGAUUGCGAUCCCACCUAUGCGCGCAUGCAGCAGCAGGUCGCGCUUGCCAACCUCGACCGCACCGAGUCGUGGCUGGUGGCCCAGGAUCUCUAUCUCAAGCGCGUCAUUUCCCCGGAUGCCGCCGUCCUCCCCGGCAGCGGGGCUGAUCGCGGACCCACUUCACCUCCCAUGCCUAGCUCGGAGAUGACGCCCGCGGGCCUUGAUAGCAACGUCGAAACUCCGCCCAAGAAGAAGACGGUUCGGUUUUCCGAAGCCAUUGACAAGCCUGUGGCGGCGCCUGCCGUUCCCUGCAAGAUCCCCGAGUUUCUCUCCCAAAACGAGUCGGCCUACUACCGCGCCUUUCAGGACUACGUGAUCCGCUCCCGCGACUACGACGCCUUUGUGAGCCGUGUGCCCCGCUACGAGGCUCUCCAGUCCCAGCGCAUCUCGCUCCCGGCCAAGCAUCGUAGCCAACUUCUCGGCAAGUACCAGCUCAGCGUGGUGCCCCAAUCCGCCAAGAAGCGGCUCUCGACCAACGUCGCGCGGGGCGAUGAUGUCAUUGUCGAGGACCCCGAGAGGCUUCGCCAGGACAGGGAAUCCGAGGCGCUGGCGCAAAUGGUGAUGAACAUGUGGCACGUGGCGGGUGUGAAGCUCUUGAACGGGGGCAGGCUCGUCAUGGCGCCCGUGGGCAGGAAGCUGAUGCGUCUAAGCACGAACCCGAUGCUGCGCUCCAGCCACAAGGACAAGCCGCGCAUCCUAGACCUGGGCGGACAAGUCAUGUGCGACUGGGCGUGGCACAUUUCGCUGCAGUACCCCAACGCCAAGGUCUACACGGUCUCGGUCAACAAGUUGACGAGCCUACCCUUCCCGGACAACCACUUUGACCUCGUCUCGGCCCGCGAGCUUCACAGCAUCCUCAAAUACACGGGCGAGAACGGCGAGGAUGAGUGGGAGACGUGCCUCCGCGAGUGCAUGCGCGUGCUCAAGCCCGGCGGCUACCUCGACUUUGCCCUCAUGGACGCCGACAUCAUGAAGGCCGGCCCGCUCGGCCUCGCCAAGUCCCUCUUCCUCUCCCGCCUCGCGCGCGCCGGCUUCGUCUCCGCCCGCCGCACCUGGACUUUCCUCCCCGUCGGUCCCCGCAUCACCCCCGGCUCCAAGGCGGCCGGCGCCUCGUCCGCCCUCCGCCCCAACGCCGACGGCACGGAACCCGUGACCCACCAGCUUCAGGCUAUCGCCUCGCCCUCUGAGGUGGCUGCUCCGCUGCGAGGUCGAAAGGUCGCCGGCGAACUCCGCCUCUGCGAUACCGUGACCUCGGGCGAGGCGGUCUGCGAGGCUGGCAAGUGUCUUGUCGGCACCAACGCCAUUGUCGAGGAGGGUAGGAAGUGUGGCGCGGGAUGGCGCAUGUUGAGCGGCUACGCGAGGAAGCCCAUGGGCGAUUCGGAGGAGGAGGAUGGCAUCAUCCCGAUCAGGCUCAUGUAG